GUUUCAUAAUCUUCCCCAAUCCGUAACUGAGGCAAAAAUCAAGCUAGGGCGGCCGCCCUACCUUGCCCUACUGGGUCCUCCGCCCGUGAUCUCGAUUCCUCCUUUUCUUUUUCUUUUUAUUAUCAUGAGCUCUGUAUGUACAACACAUGCGUGUGGCUUCCUGGAACCAACUCUCUUCUUGUUUCUCUUCGUAAUAUAUAUGUACUUGUAAUUUGCACUACACGGCGUCUUAUUUUCCCUGUUGGUGCGAAUUUAUUCUCACAUUGCUAGCUGCAUUACUACUAUCAAGAACAAAUUGCUAGCUUUGUCUGUUUGUUUCUACCAGGACUCUGCAAAAGGAGGCAUGGAGCACUGCACAAUGAGGAUGCCCGACCGCAGGUCAAGGUUCUGGCAGAUGGAUGCGCAGCCGGUGCGCAUCGAGGUCAUAUGUCCCCAGCCUCGCCGCGCUUCCCGCUCCCCUUUCCUCAUGGAAAAUAGGGCCAACUCCAAGCCUAAUGGGACAUUACCAAUGUACAGAGCAGAUUCCUCUUCUGAAAUUUAUGAUCUCAUCCUCAGCAAGAAUAACCCUGAUGUUGAUACUGAUUCGACCCGCUUCUUCUGCGGGUCGCCUCCUGUGCGCACUAACAACCCUCUUGUCCGUGACCCCAAGUUUGGUACAGAAUUACCUUCCCUCUCUCCUGUAGGGAGUCCAAUCAGCAAAAUGCUGGAGAUGCUGGGAAGAAUUGAAGUAGGUACUUCUCCGACCCGCGGGGCUAGCAGCAACAGCAUCAGCCCGAAAGUGAGAGUCGAAGGUUUUGCUUGUGGCGGCAACAAAGACGCCGCCCAGUGAGUGUACAGUUAACCUUUGACCGAGAGCAGCAGCAGCAGCAAUUCAUCAUCAUUCCCCCAUUGACCCCCUAGUGCUUAUUCCGCGAUCCAAUACCAACAUGUAAAUCUUUCCGCCCCUCAUGAUAUAUAAAACUAGUCGUCGUUUUACAUUUUAAGCUAGCAGUACCCCUCAUUUGAGUCUUUGAGUUGGAGAGAGCUGAGUUCAUAUGGUCGGCCUUCUUUCGGAACAAACAGCUGCGCAAACGCAGAAGAGAUGAGAUGAGCUUUUCGGAUGGAUGUGUAGAUAAGAGAGGCCUCCAGUUGUCUUAAUUUGUAUGUGUUGAUGGAUGUGUAGAUAAGAGAGGCCUCCAGUUGUCUUAAUUUGUAUGUGUUGUCUAGUAAAUGUCGCAUUGCAUUUGCUUGGUUGGUCAGUCUGUAAACUGUGUCCUGCAUUCUGAUGCAUAAUCAAGAAAACUCCUUGGUUAUAUC